ACGCACGACGCACCACACACACGCAUUCCCGCCCGUCAGCUUCCGGCUCCCCCUCGAUUUUCGGUUUUCCCCCUUUCCAGGUUGACGUAUCGAAUACCGAACCAGCCUACCCAGCCUACCAAACCCGUCCAAGCCCGCACGACCACCAAAAAAAAAAAAGGGGGGGAGAAUCCUUUCUUUCCUCCCGGUCGUCCCCCACACCAAACCAUGGGAAACAACCCUUCGUCAACCUCGAAACCGCCCACCCCCACCACUCCCUCGUCGCACGACUCCCCACGGGCUUCCAAGAAGGAGCCCAAGAACCCGGUAUCGAUACAAACCCAGCAUAUCAGGUCCCCAGCUUCUCCCGAGGCUUCGGUCGUCGAGGCUACAGGCACUUCCAUUUAUAACCGGAGCUCCCAGUCGCGGCCGCUCUCCACCCUCAACUCCUCCUCUCCAUCCACCAGCUCCAACCACUCCGCUGCUGCUCCCCACAAGGUCUCGGAGCUGAGACAGCGGCCGGCCGACUUUAAGGAUGAGCACUCCAAGCCCGUAGCCGUCCCCUUCUCCUAUUCCCACUCGGAGCACGACCCGCCCUUCGCCCGCGAAUACCGCAUAGAGGGGAGCCUUCCGUCCGGCCCCGCCUCGAGCAGCAUCCAGGACAUGUCGUAUCAUUUGGCGCGUCCGCCGCGUCUACCGCUCCCCAUCGACGAAGAGAUCCACACUCCCGGCUCGCCCAUCGUAGCACCAAGCGAUGCUGACGGUAGAGCCAUCGACGACGACAUCGCGCCCCUCGACGACUCGGGCAGCCUGCCGCGCCGCGCAUCCGGGCUCAGCAAUGCGACGGACGAGGAUGACUCCGAAGAGCUCCGGGUCGAUAAGACGAGGCCGACCAUCCCCACCCGUAUCGAGUGGUCGCGGGGUGGCCAGAAGGUCUACGUGACCGGAACCCCCUUCCAAUGGAGUAAGAAGCAGCGAUUAGUUCCCUCCAAGGACAAGGAGGGCGUGUUGGAGACGGUGAUAUCCGUCUUUCCGGGCACUCACCACAUAAAAUUCCUGGUAGACGGCAAUAUGCAAACGUCUCAGGAUCUGCCCACCACCGUUGACUUUGGAAACAAUCUGGUAAAUUACAUUGAGGUGAGCGGCGACGAUGCUGCCUCCCGAAGCGUCCCUCUAGACGUCGGUGUCCCCAAGUCGAACGAAGCCGCCAUCUCCCUGCCAUCUCGGCAGCCUUCGCACGAUGGCUCGACCAAGGCUCCUCUGCAAAAGGUCAUAGAUCCGGUCGAGAAAUUCUCGGACAAGAUUCCGCGAUAUCUAGACGACUUCGACCAGUCUGAAGAGACCUCGUCGUAUAAGCUCUCUUCUCUAGCCAUGGAGAGACUCCCGGCGCCCCCUAGCUUGCCCGGUUUCUUGAGUAAGCCGAUCAUGAACAACAACACGCUCAUUAAGGACGAUAACAGCGUCCUUAAUAUGCCGAACCACACGGUCCUCAAUCAUCUGGCUACCUGUAGUAUUAAAAACAAUGUUCUUGCCGUAUCGGCUACCACCCGAUACCAGAAUAAGUACGUGACUACGAUCAUCUACAAGGCUACUCGGAACGAAUAGCCGUAUUUCUUUUUUCUUCAAUCUCUUCACCGGUUGAAAAAACAUAGGUAUUAGCCGACAGUCUACCUAUCCGGGAGACUGCCG